AUGGCCUCCACAAUCGACAUGGAGAAGCAGCCGCUUCUAGACAGCAACGAAGCCGUCACGCCGACCGGCGAAGAAGCAUCCCUCUCUCAGCUCCAGCAGAAUGUCUUCAAAGCACAACGAGAAUAUAUGAAAGCCUGGUCACGAACAACUUCGGGAAAAUGGCAUAAGCGCCUCAUUUUCGGCAUCACGGGACUGCUUAUGACGUUCAUGCUUUUCUGCCUUGCUCUUGUGGUCAUGGACGGCCUCGACGAUGACUAUCAGACCUUCGAUGGCCGAGUGCCACUGGAGGCACAUAUCAUGAGCAAGUGCCCGGAUGCUCGCGACUGCCUUCAUGAUAUGAUUUUGCCGGCUAUGCAGAACAUCUCUCACAAGGUUGAUUUUAAGCUUUCUUAUAUCGGGAAUGCCACCGAACACGACGACGGCGUCUCCUGCAAGCAUGGCGAGGGUGAGUGUCUCGGCAACAUCGUCGAGCUCUGCGCCGCCCAGCUUUACCCCGACCCCAAAACCUACUUGGGCUUCGUAAUGUGCAUGACCCGCGAAUACGAAGACAUCCCCGAGCGCUCUCUGAUCGAGGACUGCGCACUCGAGCAUAGCAUCUCGAUGCAACGCCUCAACAACUGCGCCAUGAGUGAGGACGGUGCUGUGGGUUUGGACAUGCUUCGGUCGAGCUUCAAUCGCAGUGCCACGGCUGGCGUGACCAAGAGCUGUACCAUUAGGUUGAACGGCAAGACGAGGUGUGUGAGAGAUGGGGGCGAGUGGACGGAUUGUGCGGGUGGAAGUGAGGCUGUGGAUCUCGUCCGCGAUGUUCGGGAGCAGUCGAGGUUGAAUUGGGAGAAGAUCAAUGCUUAG